AUGGAAAGCUUCCUUGGACCGCCAGAACGCCGGGCAACUUAUCAAGACGCUAGAACGCUCCCAUACCGUGCAGCCAGGGACCCUGUCAUAGGCCACGAUUUCGUCCUCAUCAAUCACCUCGAGGAUGAGUCCUUGGAGCCGUUUGCCCAGUAUCUCACAAAUGUGGGCAACUCGUCUAUCCUGGCAACACGCGACUGGAAAGAUUGUGAAAGACUUUCCACCGCGCAAUGGGCUGCUUGCAACACAGCUCAUGGCAUUUCUGGAGCCGUUCAAUCGAUCGGCACAGCAACUUUGGGGGCCUUUAUCAAUGACGAGGUCAACAAUGCUUUCACCGAUGGCCGUGACAACUGGAAGCUCCGCUCAAUUUGCCACGUUUACGAUGGUGACAACAUUUGUUUGUCUUGGGCCAAUUACGACACGAACACACUAAAAAAUGGGGAGAGUGGUGAUAUCGGCGGAUUCGCAGCGGCCCGCAUCAAGAAGGGCUGGAGCUCCGAGUUGAAGGCAACCGACUGCAACAACGGCGUGAUUUACAUUUGUGUCAGCAAUCGAGCCACGGGUUGUGGCAGCGGUGUCUGCGGCCAAUAA